AGGCUGCUUACAAACCAAAGGCAAAUGCACCAUUUGGAAUCUCUGGUAGUUGAGAUUUCAAAAACUGCCUUUCUUCAUGAAGUAAAACUCUCUAUCUCAAGAAGAAGAAACACUACCUCAAAUCCAUAAAUCCUUGAAAAGAAUAUAUCUUUCUUUACCCAAAACCAAAUUAAGAUGGUGCAAAAAAAAGUCCUCAACAAACUUAGUAUCAAAACUGAUCAUAAUAUAAAAGCCAACAACCAAAUAAUGAAUCACAAACCAUCUUUUCCUAUGUUACAAAACCAUGACACCAUCAAGAAUAGAAAAGCUGAACUCAAGAAAAAGAUGAUGAAGAAAUCAGGCAAAACCAAACUCUUAGAAUAUGAAAUCUCCCACUCACCAAAAAAUUUCAGAAAAUAUGUACCUCAACCAGGCAAACCACCCCCAAGUACUACUAACUCAUCGACACCAACGAAGCGUCAGCAUCAGCAACAGCAACAACAGCAAUCAACAUGUACUCCAAAUUAUAUGAAGUCCACAAGCAGUUCUGUUGCAAGAAAAGAGCAAUCUCAGGUAAGUUCAAGGAGCCCUCAAACUUAUUCACAAAGUUGUAGUAGAAAGAAUUCAAGUAACUCAAAGUUAGGCUCAGCUAGUUCUGUUAAUAAACCAAUAAGGAGUUUAUUAGCUAGAACUCCUAGUUUUAAACCAACAAGAGUUUCAUCAUGUUCCCCUAUUGUUAUGUAUGAUGAUUUCCAAGUAGAAAGGGCUACAUGUUCAUCAACUUUGAAAGAAGUUAAGUUUCCUUCAUACCUUGAACUUAGUCCUGGAGGAACAGAAUCAGAUGGAACUUCUGUUUUCAAGGUUUGUCCAUAUACAUAUUGUUCUCUUAAUGGUCAUCAUCACCCUCCUUUGCCUCCAUUGAAGUCUUUCUUGUCAGCAAGAAGGCGUACGUUGAAGAAUCAGAGGAGUUUCAAGUUGGGAUGUGUCUCUCCUCGUCGAGCUAAUCAUCGUGGAUUAAGCUUGAGUGAUAAUGUGCAAAAACAAAUAGAGAGUACUACAGAGAAGGUAGCUCCUCUGACAAAUGAAGAUGAGAAGGAGUUUUUCGUCGAAAUUUAUAGCAAUGAAAAGGAAGAGACCAACUCGGUAGAUGAUUAUUACAUCAUCGAUUCUUCUGUCACUGAUCAUGUACCUUCGGGUGAAGGCACUGAAGUGGCAGCAGAUGAUACCGAGGACAAUCUUGAUCAAAAGAGAGAAGCCUUGUGUCCGAACGAAGGUGCUAGUGACAUGGUUCAAGAAGAAGUGGAUUUUAAAUCCUUGAGUAUGCAUACUGAAAUAGAGAUAGAGCCAACAGCAGAAGAGCUGGAAUCUGAAGCUUCUGAUAUGGACUGGGAUGUUGAGAAGUACUAUGCAUAUAGCGAAGACGAAACUGGUUCAAUCUCAGAUGAUAUAGAUCCCAUCACAUUCGUUGAUGAUUCAGUCAUCAGCGAGGAGUUCACGGGAAAAUCAUCUAAUCCUGAACUUCUAUCUGAGAAAACUCUGGAAGAGUUCUUUGAUAAAGAAAGUAUCAUCUCUGGAACAAGUUAUGCUUGUGACGACUCCGAAUCUAUCUGUUUGCAUACAGAAUUUGACAUCGAUGAGUGUGUUGAAGUGUCUGAGGACACUACACUUAUCUCUCUAGAUGUCAAUUUCAUUCUGGAUGGUAAAGAUAGUGAGACAGCAACAAUGGAUUAUCAGGCUGCUGUUAAGGCUGAAGAAACCUUCUGUCUAGAAGAUGAAAUUUCAACUCCUCACGAGGAAUCCGUAACUCCUCAAGAUGACGAUGCAGCUGCACUCACAGGCUAUCAAGAGCUCAAUGUUUGGUAUCUCCAUGAAGUGCUAGAUGAAACAUGUAAGGAUAAUGAAAAACAUUUGGAUGAAAACAUUGUCGUCAAGAUGGAAGAGACGGAAACAAAAACAGAUUGCUGUGAACAAGGAAGUGAAAAUAGUCAUGGUGAUAAUGCUCAACAGUUGGUGGUAGUAGAGGCUGAUAUCAAAGAUGAGAGUGAUAAAAGCCAUCAAGCUGAAGAUGGAAGUGAAAACGCCUCUGGUGUCGAAGCAGAUCAAACAGGUGAGGCAUGCGUGGAAAAGCAGAACCAAAUCAAAGAUAAUAAGACACAUGCAAAAUAUGAUUCGAGUGAAGAAAUGUCUGAGAGGUACAAAAACCUGAGAGGCAUAGCCAGGCGCAACGACUCUAAGGAGCCAGAGGAGUCAAGAGACUUCAAUCCACGACCACCGAAUUUCCUGCCACUGGAGCCAGAUCCAGAUGCAGAGAAAGUUGAUCUCAAGCAUCAGAUGAUAGAUGACAGGAAAAAUGCAGAGGACUGGAUGCUUGAUUUUGCACUCCGACGAGCAGUGGACAAACUUGCACCAGCUCGUAAGAGAAAGGUUGCAUUGCUCGUGGAGGCUUUUGAAACAGUCUUGCCAACAUCUAAAUGGGAACCUCACCUCAGGCGCAGCACAUCAGGAUUCACACAUCCUAGACCAAUUCAAGCUUGCAACUGAUGCAAGUUCAAGGUGGACAUCAGCUCGGAGCUAGUAUAAGACAAUCUUUCGUCCAGGAACAACUGGCUUGUUGCUCAUUAUUUACAACCCUCCAACAUCUGCAAGGAUUUCAGAUUAACGGCAUUAAAGGAAUUAAUUGGGAUAAGAUGGUGGAAAACAUCAUCAUGGAAUCUCAAGUAAUUUAUAAUGGAGCUUUCUAGUGUGCUGCUUUUCUGGGGAUUAUGCCUACACAUAUACUUGAGUACUGUUGUGAAAGAUUUUAUGUACUUCAAUCUAUGGCUUUAUCUAUAGUUGGCUAAUAUUUCUUAUAUGUAUCCUGACAUGUUAUGGUACCAUUAUCUUCAACUAUCAUCUCUACUACUACUAUAUCUGAAGUAUGCCAAUAAA